GCGGUGUGAAAACGGCCCCGCCGCCGCCGCCGCCUCAGAGACCGUUGAGAAACCGUUGAGAGCAGAGCUCCUCCUGCGCCGUCUUGCCCUUCUUCGUCACCAUGCGCGAAAUCGUCCACAUACAGACUGGUCAGUGCGGCAACCAGAUCGGGACUAAAUUCUGGGAAAUUAUCAGUGAUGAGCAUGGUAUCGAGCCAACUGGAGAGUACACUGGAACUGACAAAGAUCUUCAGGAUCUCCAGCUGGAGAGAAUCAAUGUGUACUACAAUGAAGGCAACCAGGGAAAAUACGUCCCCAGAUGCAUAUUGGUGGACUUGGAGCCUGGCACAAUGGAUUCCGUAAGAGCUGGACCUCUAGGAUCUCUCUUCAGACCAGAUAGCUUUGUUUUUGGUCAGAGUGGAGCUGGUAAUAACUGGGCCAAAGGUCACUAUACUGAAGGUGCCGAGCUCGUAGACAGUGUUCUUGACGUAGUGCGUAAGGAUGCUGAGAAGUGUGACUGUUUACAAGGCUUCCAGUUGACGCAUUCCCUUGGUGGUGGCACUGGGUCUGGCAUGGGGACUUUGCUGGUAUCCAAAGUGCGUGAAGAAUUUCCUGACCGUAUUAUGAACACCUUCUCUGUUGUGCCAUCCCCAAAGGUAUCUGAUACUGUUGUGGAACCUUACAACGCCACCCUGUCCAUUCACCAGCUUGUUGAAAAUACUGAUGAAACUUACUGUAUUGACAACGAGGCCCUUUAUGACAUAUGCUUCCGAACACUGAAACUGCAGAAUCCAACUUAUGGAGACUUGAAUCAUCUGGUUUCUCUUACAAUGUCUGGUGUUACCACUUGCUUGAGGUUCCCUGGCCAGUUGAAUGCUGAUCUCAGAAAACUGGCUGUAAACAUGGUACCCUUCCCCCGACUCCAUUUCUUCAUGCCAGGAUUUGCUCCUCUAACUGCCCGUGGGGCACAGCAGUACCGGGCUUUAACUGUACCUGAACUUAGCCAACAGAUGUUUGAUGCCAAGAACAUGAUGGCUGCCUGUGACCCAAGGCAUGGCAGAUAUCUCACUGUUGCUGCCAUUUUCCGUGGUAGGAUGUCUAUGAAAGAAGUGGAUGAGCAGAUGUUCAACAUUCAAAAUAAAAAUUCUUCAUUCUUUGUGGAAUGGAUUCCCAAUAAUGUCAAGACUGCUGUGUGUGAUAUUCCACCACGUGGAAUCAAGAUGGCUUCCACGUUCAUUGGAAAUUCCACUGCUAUCCAAGAACUCUUCAAGAGAGUUGGGGAACAAUUCACUGCUAUGUUCCGCAGGAAAGCUUUCUUGCAUUGGUACACUGGGGAAGGUAUGGAUGAGAUGGAAUUCACUGAAGCAGAGUCCAACAUGAAUGAUUUGGUGUCAGAAUACCAACAGUACCAAGAAGCUACAGCUGAUGACGAAGCUGAAUUUGAAGAGGAGGGAGAAGUAGAAGGAGAAUAUGCAUAAGCCUGAUUAAUUCCAGGUAGUUCUUCCAUAGUCUUUCUAUCUUAAAAAUUUUCAUUCCUUUGUUAAUUUGAAGUUGAAAAAGAGUACAGUACAGUAUUUACUUUGAAAUAUUGCAUUUAUCAUAGUAACUAUGUUCCAUGGAUCAGAUUUUUUUCCUAUUUCAUAAAAGGCAUUUCUUUCGUAAGAGCACCGGCUCUCCAUGAAUGAAAUGUUUAUUUUUUCUAUUUUUUAUAAUAAAAAGCACCUCUUU